GGGUCGCUCCGUAAUAACAAGCGGCGGCGGCGGCGGGGGGCCUGGCCGGGCCGUGCGGCGGGCUCGGGCCGUGGGGUAGAUGUGGCGGCCGGGGGGGCGCUCGGCGCGGCCGGCCCAGCUGAACUCUGCAAGAGGUGACCUUGCCCUGGCUCUGAGGCAGAGCCCAGGGCCAUCCCAUGGGUCCAGCUCUGCAGAGCUCCUCUCGUUCGAGUCACAGCCUGGCCUGGCAGCGCCCCUGCGAAUGGGAGGCGCACACCUGUUGCCGACGGGCGCUGGUGGUGAGAGCUGGGAAAGGAUGAAGACACUGUUUGAGGAGAUCAAAGCAUCAAUUAAAAAUAAUUAUGAUCCAGAUCGCUCAUUUUGGAGGCCUGUGCUCCCUUGGGGAGGGGUUUUUACUAUCAAAGCCGGCCGGAAAGCUGUAUCUUGCACACCACUUUAUGUUGAAAUAAAUCUGAAAAAUACUUGCACUAUAGAUGGAUUCUUGAUGUUGUUGUAUGUCAUUCUGCAUGAAAAUGAACACUUCCCCAAGGAGCUCUCCCUUCAUUUAGGUAGAGAGUUUGUCGACUACUUUCUUUACUUAAUGGACUCCUAUAAUUUUACAACGGUGAAGCUGCUUUGGAUUUGGGACAAGAUGGAGAAGCGACAGUAUAAAUCUGAAGUUCACAAAGCUUCACUGGAAAUCGAUUUAUUUGGAAAUGAGCACGAUAACUUUACAAAGAAUCUAGAAAGUCUCAUGUCUACCAUUCAAGAGAGCUACUGUUCAAAUUCAAGUUGUCCAACUCGUAUGCAGGAAGAUCUGCAGAGAACAAUUAACAUAAAUCCUCCCCAAGAAAUUCCUCAUGGAGACUUGAUUCAGCGGGCAGUAGAUGAAUUAUUCUGUUCCAAGAUAGAGCUGUGUGAACAGUAUGGGUGUGAUGGGUUAAGAGAGUUCACGCAGAGAGUUUUCUACCAUGGGGCACCACCUUUUGUUGUUUUAAAUAUGCAGCAAUGGAAGCCAGAAGAACUGGCAUACGUACCAUAUCAUUUGGAUUUAUCUGAUCACAAGAGCUACGGGUUGAUCCAUGCCUCCAGUCUCCCCAGAAGACUGCAAGAGUCGGCUGAACCGUGGGCUGCUGCUCCUGCCCCUCUGAACUCACUGGCAGUGCAGUAGUGGGGGACCUGCUGGGAAGCUAGGAAAGGGAGUGAACAUUGGAUCCUGGAGGCUCACAGAGCAGCAGCUGUGCCGAUCAGCGCCUCAUCCCCUUCCCCAUCUGUGGAAGUUGUAGCAAGUGGCCCAAGCAGCACUAGGAUAGGGAUAUCGAUACUGCUGAGGGGAGUGGCAGGGAAUGGGAGAGGUGUUUUGCCCCCUGCUCGCUGAUGAACAUAGGCAGUGGUGAAAGGAGCAGAGGGUGGUGUAUGAGCUAGCCUGGAGGCAGCUAGAGUUGAGUGCAGCACAGAGGGGAACAGCAGCGGGCCUUGCAGUUUCUCUAUCUCAAACACUGGUGAUGGAUGGUCAGUGGACAGAAACCACAAAGAAGGGGGAACAGGGCAAUGUACAAACCAAGGAAUCCGAGUCCAGAGGAGACUCGGUGGAUAUGGGGAUGACUAGUACAAUAGUGGAACAGAUUAAUUCCAGUUUAGGUGUGGUGCUGGCAACCCAUUUCAGCAAGAAAAAUUAACACACAGUGGCUAUCCCAAUGAACCAGCAGCAGCCAUUAGACGCGGACUUAAGAAUGAUCAGCAUUGAGGUGGACAUGCAGGGGUGGCAGCCUGAGAGUCUCAAGUCAAAGAAUUGACACAAACGGGAAGAUCUGAAAAAUAGGGGCUGCAAGAAAAGUAUGAGUAUUCUAGGACUGCUGGAGAGGGCGGGAGGAAAAUUCAUAGAGUCCUGUGAAAUAUGGAUCCCUGAAGCUCUGACUCUGACAGUCAAAUCAAGAUUGAAAGGGCACACUGCAUCAGGAUAUGGGCACACAACAGGAAUUCAGCUAGACCACAUUGUCAUAGUACAUUUAUAUAGUUAGAUGCCAGGUUUCAAUUCUCGAGCCAGCCAGUUCUUAGUGUGUGUGCGCAAUGUGCCUCAGGUGGCAUGUGACCAGGAUACAUCACCAAAUUUGGUCUGCUGGUUGGUGAGCGGAGAGCAACCAUGUAUCCUUCUAUCAAGAUUGUUCCAUAGCUGUACAGAGGAAAAGGGUGAAUUUAUGAAAAUCUGCAAGCAGCUUCAGGGGGGAGAAAACAACUUUACAGAUUCCUGGCAAAUCCUAAAAUUAAAAUAUAUAUAAAAAUAAAUGGGAGUUAAAAUCUACUUUCUACAUGUGUGAGGUGGCCCAGAAGUUCCUGACCUCAGUGCUGGAACCAAAUGUAGUAGACCAAGAAAUAGCAAAUGCUUAGAUUCAAGUUGACAGAACAAGGAGUAAUGGUCUCAAGUUGCAGUGGGGGAGG